AUGUGCAAGGUCCUGCGUGAACCUCUGUAUGAAAAGGUCCACAUGGCAACUAUAAAACAGAUCGAUGGACGCACGGUUCAUCAGAUCCAGUCCGGCCAGGUUAUAGUCGACCUUUGCUCUGUUGUGAAGGAACUGGUUGAGAACAGCGUCGAUGCUGGGGCAACAAGCAUAGGUGGGUAUCCGACCGUUCCGAUCGAACAAUCCAUCGGCAGCAAUAAAUGGAGUAUUCUGACUGACCUUCCCACAGAUGUUCGUUUCAAAAACCAAGGACUUGAUCUCGUCGAGGUGGCUGACAAUGGGUCUGGCAUCGCCCCUGCCAACUAUCCAUCAGUAGCUCUCAAGCACCAUACGUCAAAGCUCUCUUCAUACUCGGAUAUAGCUACGUUAGAGACAUUUGGUUUCCGGGGUGAAGCAUUAGCCUCAUUAUGUGCUUUGUCAAUUGUGAGCAUCACGACUUGCCAGCAGGGCCAAGCUCCUAAGGGGACCAAGCUCAGCUUCGAGCCAUCAGGGGCCCUCAAAGGAACUGCAGUUGUUGCAGCUUCAAAAGGCACAACCGUUUCAGUUGAGCGUCUCUUCCACAACCUGCCUGUUCGUCGGCGUGAGCUUGAGCGAAACAUAAAGCGAGAGUGGAAUAAGGUCAUCGCCCUCCUUGGACAAUACGCUUGUAUUCAAACCAAUCUCAAAUUCUCCGUGUCUCAGCAACCAAGCAAAGGGAAAAGAAUUCACCUAUUUUCGACCAAGGGUAAUCCGACCACAAGAGAAAACAUCAUCAAUAUCUUUGGUGCAAAGACGAUGACGGUCCUUGUGCCCCUCGAUUUGACUCUGGAAAUGCAUGAUUCCACAGGCGGUCCAACUCUGCAAAUUGACCAAAAACACGAAUCAAGCUCUAGGGAUGUCCGUGUCGUGGGGCAUGUUUCCCGGCCUUCUCAUGGUGAUGGACGCCAAACUCCAGAUCGCCAGAUGUUCUUUGUGAACGGGAGGCCAUGUGGCUUGCCCCAAUUCUCAAAGGCAUUUAACGAGGUGUACAAGGCUUACAACAACUCACAAGCUCCUUUUAUUCUAGCGGAUAUUCAGCUCGAUACCCACAUGUACGACGUCAAUGUCAGUCCAGACAAGAGGAGUAUAUUGUUACAUGAUCAAAACAUACUGCUUGAUAACCUACGCACUUCCCUGGCAGCCCUUUUCGACUCGCAAGAUUACUCAGUCCCGACCUCUCAGCUCUUGCCCUUCAAGAACCGCACCGAGAAGCAGUCAACUACUAACACGUCCUUCAAACCAUUAUCGAUCACUUCUCAGAAGCCUCUGGAUGAUUCCCAGCCUGAAGUCGAAUCAGAUGGAGACAAUUACGAAGGCAGCGCCAAUGACAAGGUGCCACUUGGUGCCUGGAUGGGUAGAGAGGGGAUCAACGUCGCGGCCAAAAGACCGAAGCGCCACAGCGUCAACUUUUGCACAGAAUCAAAAACCAUCCGCAGUGAUGAGAAUGAUGCUGGGAAGCCACUCCCUGUGCGCGAUUUCAACAAGCAACUGAAAGUAAACAGUGUUAUGAAGACUGGCUCUUCUCCCAUUAAGAGGAAAUCAUCAGAAUUGCUUGAGACUGAGCCCCAGAUUCCUGCUACGAGACCACUGAGGCGUGGACAAGUCGAGAGCUCCCACACUAGCCCGGCGAAGACGCCACGGGAAAAGACAAGAUCUGAGGCCGCUACGAUAGUCAUUGGUGAUGAGAUCAUACAGGAUGUUGCGAGUACCCCUGAUGGUCAUGCCAAUAAUGUGGCUGUUUCUGAGGACGAAAUGGAGGUUGACGAUCCAAAGCCAUCUUUCGGAAGCCGCCUGACACAGAUAUAUGCAGCUGGCAGCGGCGCGACAGAAAGGGAGAUAUCUUUUCGUAAGGAGAGAGCGGGCAAGGGUGAUGAAAUUUCCGAUUCUGAAGGCAUAGAUACAAACAGCGACAGCGACACAUCCAAUGCGAACAAGGAUGGGAAAGCUGUCAGUGAGCCAGCUAUUCCGGUUGCUGGGAGCGAUCGACUAGAAAAACAGACGGAAACAAGGGACUUGUCUGAUAUUACGCCCUUCACAUUUGCGGUUGAACCUGCCACAACGGAUCAUAAGACUCAAUCUCUCAAGUCUAGUGUCCGGAAGAAAGAGUCUACGGCCCAACUACUACAACACCUACGAACGGACGAAAGUCUCAUCAAGCUGGUGUUGGAAUCAUGGAAGAAUAACCUCAGUCCAAGUCAAGAUUGUACGACUGUCGAUGAAGAAGUGACAGAUCUUGCGGCAGCCAAUGCGGAAGAGAAAUUGUCACUUACUAUAGCUCGCAAGGAUUUUCUAAAAAUGAAAAUAGCCGGGCAAUUUAACAUGGGUUUCAUCAUCGCAACACGUCCCGCGAGCACCAAAUCGGAGGAAGACAUCGAGGUAGCUCAGAAGGACGAGUUGUUUAUCAUUGACCAACACGCAACAGACGAGAAGUAUAACUUUGAGAGAUUGCAAGAGAUCCAGACAGUACAGUCUCAACGACUAGUUCACCCGAAAAGGCUAGAGCUGACAGCACUGGAAGAAGAAAUUGUGUUACAAAAUAUCCCUGCCAUUGAGGCUAACGGGUUCAAGGUCCAUGUCGACAUGACUGGGGAUGAACCCGUGGGCUCAAGGUGUGAAGUCCUGGCGCUCCCCAUGAGUCGUGAGGUGACCUUCUCGAUCACUGACCUUGAAGAACUGAUAGCAUUGCUUGGUGAGGAAUCAUCUGAGUCGAAGCAUAUUCCCCGUCCCUCCAAAGUGAGGAAGGUGUUUGCAUCAAGGGCAUGUCGCAGCAGUGUCAUGAUUGGGAAGGCUUUGACGCAUGGGCAAAUGGAGACACUUGUGCGGCAUAUGGCAGAGUUGGACAAGCCUUGGAACUGCCCGCAUGGCCGUCCAACGAUGAGACAUCUGUGUCAAUUGGACUCGUGGGAUGCGAAGGGGUGGAGGGACGACAACUUGCAGGCUCCAUCGGUAUCUUGGCGAGCGUACUUGAAUGGCGAAUAG